UUGCCCUUGCACCCACAUGGACACAACAAUCGGACAUUGCGUCUUCGUCCACCAUGACGGCUGUGUGCGGUUCAAGAAUGAGUCUAACCUUUGAUGAAACACACAAUAUUGUUUCCAGUGCAAUGGACAUCAGCUCAACAUCUGCCUUAGAUGUCAGCAUGAUCUCAGAGACAGCUACUGACCCAGAGGACAUCAGUUUUGUUCCUCUGUCAAGCCCCUCCACCUCCACCACAGGAAGCUCAGCAAGUCUGUCUGGACCACACCGAGGAUGGAAGGAAAGGAAGUGGAUGGUAAAUGAGUCCAAACUAAUGGAACUCUUUCAAAAAUGUACAAUUUGUGGAGUAGCAAUGUGCGACCUCAACCACAACAUAAAAAAAUUUGCCAGCAGAAUACAAAUCACAUGGAAAUGCAACAAUGGACACAAUGGGGAAUGGGAGUCAAGUCCCAAUAUUCGGGGAAUGGCUGAAAAUAAUCUCCUCUCAGCAGCAGCCACACUUUUCACAGGGGCAACGUACUCAGACAUUGCUGACUGGGCUGGGCUAUUGAAUCUUCAACUACCACAAAAAUCUGCAUUUUAUACCAUACAGUCAAGCUACCUCAUUCCUGUCAUUAGCGAAGCCUACAAGAAGCAGGAAAGCAUCAUCAAAGCCAGACUCAUCUGCCAGACUCUGGAUGGUGAGGGUGUGCAUGUCUGUGGGGAUGGGAGGAGUGACAGCCCAGGGCAUUCGUGCAAAUACACCACAUAUUCAUUCAUGGAUAACUCUACCAACCAGAUUGUUGUUUUUGAUUUGAUUCAGGUGACCCAAGCUAAAAAUUCUGUCGCCAUGGAACCAAUGGGUUUCAAAAAAGGUCUGGAUAAGCUUUUAGAUGAAGGGAUUAAUGUGAAAGUGGUGACCACCGACGGACAUCCCUCCAUCAGGAAGAUGAUGCGAGAGGACUAUCCGGACAUCGCACACCAGUUGGACCCAUGGCAUGUAGCAAAAGGAAUAAAAAAGAAAUUGGUUAUGGCAUCUAACCGUAAACAUUGCAAGGACCUUGCUCCGUGGGUAAGAAGCGUGAGCAACCAUAUGUGGUGGAGCUGCAGCUCCUCUAAAGGAGAUAUAAAUGUACAAGCUCAUUGA